AUGGACGAUGUGGGUUUGCAGUACGUGUCGCCUGUAUUGAGGGAGGUGUCCAACCUGGCCCGUGCGGCCAAGGCGUUUACGUCGGAUGCUGGAGAUCUUGGGAUGGUCCUGAAGCCGCCGAAGUCUGGAUGUAUCCCUGGGAACCAAAAAGUUUGGGGACAGCUCAAGAGGCACCUGGGAACCUUGAAGAUCCCGUACAGGGUCGUGCGGUUUCGGAAGUGGGGAGCUGACCCUGUCGUGGUGCAGGACCCAGAGCUCGCCCAGGACUUCUUCUUGCGGAGUUCUGAGGCGUGGCUUAGUGUCUCGGAUUCUAGGGUCACGGCGGCCAUCGAGGACUCCACGGGCGGUCCCCUGGGCGUGGGCGCCCGCUGGCGGUGUGCACUCUCCGGGGCUUCCCCCGGCCGCCCGCUGGAGCCCGGGGGCAGGCGGCUCCCAGUGGUGUGCCGCGACCUGCUCUUCUCGGAGAACGAGAUGGUAUUCUCCAAGAAGACCAUCGACAAGCCCCUGUUGUCCAGUUGGUUGGAGGAUACUUUCAUGAGGGAUGAGCGGGGUCGGGUGGCCAGCGGGCUCAGAGACACCAGCUCUCCGAGUUGGCAGGUUCGCCGCAGGGACGUACAUCGAGCCAUAAAGCUUUCUGGCAAUGGCGCCCCGGGGCCAGAUGGUAUCCUUUACAAGGCGUGGAAGAAGGUGGGCGACCUCGGUGUCGAGAUACUAUUCGAGGCUGUGCUGGACCUCGCAAAGCCGGAUGCUGCCGCCAGGUUGCGAUCGGCCUACGGUGCCGAGGAACACGACUUUAAUUUGUCGUUGUUGUCCUGCCUCCCCAAGAAGCGGUCCGGAGUGCACGAGGAAUUGGGCGACUAUUACCUCGCCUCUGCGACCAGGCCCCUCACCAUCGGCAACACGGGCAACCCGGAUGACAUUGGAGCUGCUUUGGAGGACUUCCUGAAGGACGCGGGCGUGAUGGAACGCAUUUUCUCAGAGUUUGCUUCGAUUUCGGGGCUGGAGCUGAACUUGCCGAAAACUGUGGUCAUCCCGUUAUGGGAGGCCUCCUCUGGAGACAGGGCGGCGGGAACAAUAUCAGCAAUGUCUGACUUUUGGAGCGGAGUCGCCGUGCAGGACUCGAGCACCUACUUGGGCUUCUUAGAAGGACCAGGAAAACGGGGAGGUUCGUGGUCGAAGGCGUCCGGUCAAUGCCUUGACCGGUGCACCCUCUGGGGUUCCGCGCCGCUGGGCUUGCAGCAUUCCGCGCGCACCUACGACAUGUUUGGCAUGUCCGUGCUCGGAUUCCUGGCUCAGCUGGAGCAGCCGCCGCCGGAGGUCUUGAAGGCGGAGGUUCAAGCCGCCCGAAAAUCCGCAGCGGGCCCCAUGAACUGGAUUAUCCCGGAGGACUGCUGGCACUGGCGGGAGUCUUACGGGCAGGCGCGGUCCUUCACAUCCUUGCGCUACUUGGCACAUGCGGCCCAAGUCCAGGUGGCUUGUUGGGAGCAGCUGGGACAGAUGUCGAAGACGCCCUCGCUCGGAGUCCGCGGCCAUGGGCGUCCCACGUGGCCAAACGAGUGCAGAAAAGGCUUCCAGAGGGAGCUGUACCGCCAGAUUGCGGCCGCACGAGCGCCGAACCCAGAAGUGCGCAUGCGGUACAAGUUGACGCGGUGGCUGCUGCCUGGAUAUCCAGCGCGGACGUCCCGACAGGUAUUGCGAAACCUCCAGCGCCUCCAGACGUUGGUGGCGCCUCGUCUGAGCGCGGCCUGCCUCAGCACACUCUGGAACAGGUGGACCACGGCGCGCAGAUUUCAAGUUCGUGGGGCGACGCGCUUCAUAUGCUGGUUGGGCUGCGGGCCUGGUCCUGAGGACAGCGUGGAGCAUUACCUCCUGUGCCCAUCAAUCCGGGCCGUGGCUGCUCGUGAACUCCGCCUUCGAGCAUACGAGUGGGAGCAUUUAUUAUUUGCUGGGAGCGACGUCGAUGACGAAUCCUUCACGUGUCUCGCCCUGUUGGUGUACGCGGCCUACAACACGUUCAACUUGUUUCAUCGCCGGGGGGCCCCGGGCCCCGGCGGCGGUGCCGCGGCGGCGGGGGACGCGCGGGCCCGGCCGGGGCAGCCCGCCCUGAGGACGGGGCAGCGCGUGGUGCUGCAGGGGCUGGAGAAGGCUCGGGAGCUCAACGGGCACAGGGGCGUGGUCGUCAAGUGGAAGGCCGACGUGGGCCGGUACGCGGUGCGGGUCGCUGGCAAGGAGAUGGCCAUAAAGCUGGAGAACCUGAAGGUCGAGGGCGGCGCGGCGGAGGCUGCCAAGUUCCAGCAGAAGUGGAACUCAAGGCCGCAGGAGGGCGCCAUGUACAACCCAGCUGUUUACGCGCGGAUGCCCGGCGCGGGGCCGAAGGUCACCCAGUGGAUCGGGCAGGUGAAAGCCGGGCGGCGCUGCGUGGUCCGCGCAGGAGAGGCCGCCGGGGUCGACGGCCAGCCGGUGCCGCUCUGGUUCGGGGACCAGGGCUUUGUGGGCUCCGCCCCGGUGGACGUCGCCCUCCUCAUCCCCGAUGUCGGCGCGUCGCCGCAGGAGCAGUGGCCGAAGGCGCUCGGGAGGGUGCUCGGGCGCUUCCCCGUGGCCGCCGGGCGGCUGCGCCACGCCAGGAAGCCGGGCACCAACCAGUUCCUCCCGCAGAUUGUCGUCAGCAACGCGGGCGUGCCCUUCACGACGGCGUCGGUGCCUCCCUGCGGCCUGCCCUCCGCCGGCCAGCUGCAGGACGUCUGCCAGGAGGAGCGCUGCAGCUUCUUUGACCUCGGGGCCGGGGACGCCGAGACCGCCGCGGAGGAGCCCCUGCUCCGAAUGAAGCUGGUGUACGAGGAGGGCACCUCCCGGGGCGUCCUCGGCGUCAGCUUCAGCCACGUCCUCUGCGACAUCAGCGGCCUGGCGCUGCUGCUCCGGUGGAUGUUCAGCGAGCUGGACGCGGCCGAGCAGGCCCCGGAGGCCGCGCCCAGCCACGCGCGGGCGCUGGCGCAGGAGGCCUUGGACGCCGUGCCCGCUGCCGGCCCCGAGCAGGAGGAGGCCUUCCUGCCGCACUGGCCGCUGCACGAGCGCGCGCUGGAGCGGUGGUGCUUCUUCGCCAGGAGGUUGCGGGCGGGCAUGCGCGGCAGGCCGGACGGCGCCGCGACCGUCUGCAUCUCGGUGCCCGCGAGCACGCUGUCCGAGCUCAAGGCGGAGGCGGCGGCCGACGGAUUCGCGGGUGCGUCCGCGUUCGAGGCCCUGGUGAGCUUCCUGGGCAUGAGGCUGCUACGGCUCGGGCGGCACGGGCGCCGGGCGCUGCUCACGAAGGACUACCGCGCCGCGCUCGGAGCCGCGGCGCCCGGGCAGGGACAGGGCUUGGAGAACUUGUUCGCGAACGCGGUGACCCACGGCGUGUCCUUCGAGUUGCCCUGCGUCGCCGACGUACAGGACAUGCCCCUGGCCGCCUCCUGCAAGGCGAUGCGAGGAGCAAUCGACGCGGUUUCUCUGGAGUACGUCAGUUGGCACUCCAAGCAGGAUCAUCAUCGGGGUUUGCCGAACUUCUUCGGAGGCCUCUGCUGCAAUACGUGGGGCCGGGCGCUGGCGGAGCUCAGCUUCGUUGAAACUUACGCGAUUGGCCACCGCAGCGUGGACGAGCGCGCUGCGAAUAUGGUGUACCCACUAGACACAGCGUAUAUGCAGGUUCUGCCCUUGCCAUCUGGCGACCACACGGUCCUGCUGACGAUGCCAAUCAGCGACGCCACAGCGUUGCUGCGGGAUCUGCCCGAGAGCCACUUCCACUUGCCCCACGUCAGCCAGAUGCGCGCGCACCCAUUCCGCCAGCUGGUGCCCAGUUCUGUGGUGGACAGGCUCAACCCUCCCGUGGAAACCCACCACAUGUUCGCCCGCAUCGCCUGCAUUGGGGACUCGCUGACCGCCUGCGGCUACCCGAAGUAUUUGCAGGCGCUGUUCGACCGCGCCGACAUUCCGGCGCAGGUGCGCGGCUUCGGCGUCCCUGGCGCCACGGCGACUCGCUUCUCCGACCAGCCAUACUGGGAUGAGACGAAGUUCGAGGACGCUCGCGUCUGGCGACCGCACUUCGUCAUCGUCACCCUUGGCACCAACGACUCCAAGAGCGGGGUCUGGGACGAGGAGGCCUUCGAGAAGGACUACCGGGACCUGUGCGCCGAGUUCCUGGCGCGCAACAACCCCAAGCCGCUCGUGGUGCUAGUCGCGCCGCCACCGCUCUACGAGGAGGGCGCCUUCGAGAUGCAGCAGGAGGUCGUCAACGGCUGCCUGCCUGACGCCGUGGCGCGGGUGGCGGCCGCCGCCAGGCGGGCGCACAACGAGCCGCUGGAGGCGGAGGCGGCCCGCUGCAGGCAGCAGGUGCCCGAGGAGCUGCUCGCGCGGACGGCCGUCGUGGACGCGUUCGGCGCCCUGGGCGGCGCCGGGCUCCGCCGGCGCGGCUGCCUGGCCGCGGACGGAGUGCACCCGAAUGAGAGGGGCACGCGGAUGCUGGCGACGGUCGUGUUCGCAGAACUCCGGCUUGAGGUCCGCCGCUGCCUGCGGAAGUGGGCGGACGAUGCGAGGAGGGCCGAGCAGCAGGAUCCCAGCUCGGCGUUCUGAGGCGGGUGGCGCCCGUGGGCCGGAGGGGCCUGUGCGCAGUGUGUGUUGCUCUCUCUGUCGUCGCCGUCCGGCCUCGGUCGCCUCUUCCUUCAGUGGUCCUGCUCGGGCGUUGUGUAGAGGGCGGCUGUCCUGCUGCCGCGGGCGGUGGAGCGAUCAUCGGGCGGGAUGAGGACGAGAGCAAAUCCGUUCCACAGCGUUCCAGAACGCUCCGAGGAGGCCGCGGCGCCCGAGACACAUCCUCCAG